CGCCGCGGCUCUCCAAACAUUCUCGGCUCUCAUUGAGUCAGUGAAGCGCAUAUCAGUGUGUGUAGUACUGACAGUGACACUCGCACACACAUUCACUGAUUACACACGAACACAUUAUCAUAUUCACACAGACAUGGACUCAGAUGAGGGCUACAACUAUGAGUUUGACGAUGAAGAGGAGGAGGAGGACGAAGACGACGAGGAAUGUAGCGAAGACAGCGGCGAGGAGGAGGCCGAGGAUGACCUGGGCGAGGUGGAGCUGCUGGACCCCGCGGUGGCCGGUGGAGAGCAAGACGAGAGCGGCGAAACCGGCGGCGGCCUGGGCCCCGGUCAGGAGGACGAGGACUACCGCUUCGAGGUGCUGACCACCGAGCAGAUCCUCCAGCACAUGGUGGAGUGCAUCAGGGAGGUGAACGAGGUCAUACAGAACCCAGCAACAAUAACCAGAAUACUCCUCAGUCACUUCAACUGGGACAAAGAGAAGCUUAUGGAGAGGUACUUUGACGGAAAUCUGGAUAAGUUGUUUUCAGAGUGCCAUGUCAUAAAUCCCAGUAAAAAGUCCAAGACACGACCAAUGAGCACACGCUCCUCCAGUCAGGACAUGCCUUGCCAGAUCUGCUAUCUCAACUACCCAAACUCGUAUUUCACAGGUCUAGAGUGUGGACACAAAUUCUGCGUGCAGUGUUGGGGUGACUACUUAACAACCAAAAUUAUUGAGGAAGGGAUGGGACAGACGAUCUCGUGUCCUGCUCACAGCUGUGAUAUUCUGGUUGACGAUAACACUGUAAUGCGAUUGAUCACAGAUUCUAAAGUGAAGUUGAAGUAUCAACAUUUAAUCACAAAUAGUUUUGUAGAGUGUAACAGACUGUUGAGAUGGUGUCCGGCUCCUGACUGCCAUCACGUGAUCAAAGUUCAAUAUCCUGAUGCCAAACCAGUUCGCUGCAAAUGCGGGAGACAAUUCUGCUUCAAUUGUGGAGAAAACUGGCAUGACCCAGUGAAAUGCAAGUGGUUGAGGAAAUGGAUAAAGAAGUGCGAUGACGACAGUGAAACCUCCAACUGGAUUGCAGCUAAUACCAAGGAAUGUCCCAAAUGUCAUGUUACCAUUGAAAAAGAUGGAGGCUGUAAUCACAUGGUGUGUCGAAACCAGAAUUGUAAAGCAGAGUUCUGCUGGGUUUGUCUUGGCCCUUGGGAGCCCCAUGGUUCUGCUUGGUACAACUGUAAUCGCUACAAUGAAGAUGAUGCCAAGGCGGCCAGAGAUGCUCAGGAGCGUUCCCGUGCAGCCCUGCAGCGCUACCUCUUCUACUGCAACCGCUACAUGAACCACAUGCAGAGCCUGCGCUUCGAGCACAAGCUGUACGCGCAGGUCAAGCAGAAGAUGGAGGAGAUGCAGCAGCACAACAUGUCAUGGAUCGAGGUGCAGUUCCUCAAGAAGGCCGUGGACGUGCUCUGCCAGUGCCGCUCCACGCUCAUGUUCACCUACGUCUUUGCCUUCUACCUCAAAAAGAACAACCAGUCCAUCAUCUUCGAGAACAAUCAGGCUGAUUUGGAGAAUGCCACAGAGGUGCUCUCGGGUUAUCUUGAGCGAGAUAUCUCCCAGGAUUCAUUGCAAGAUAUCAAACAGAAAGUUCAGGAUAAGUAUAGAUACUGUGAGAGUCGGCGACGAGUGCUGCUGCAACACGUACACGAGGGAUAUGAGAAAGACUUGUGGGAGUACAUUGAAGACUGAGGAGCACUGCUGCAUCAUGAGCUUUUGAGCUCAUCAAAACUGAACAUGCUGUGAUCCCCGAUCACAGCUCUGGUGUCAGCCAUCACCACAGACCCUCUCCAUGUUGCAUCCUUUUACAUGGCAUAUGGAUUUUUGUUAUUAUUUAGAGUUUCUUAAUUUUACUUAAAUAAAAAGGUAGAAAAUACAAAUCAAACUCCAACGUCAGUAUUGCAGUUUGUAAGUUGAUUGUCGACACGGACAGAAAUAUUUUACAUCCUCCAUGUGUGGAGAUUCUUCAGUAGUCAGUUUGUUUUGUUGUUUUAGUGCUUUUUGUCAUUUUUCUGACGUUUUUUAUAGUGUGAUUUAAGAUUGGCUUGUGUGAAGCGUAGCUUUACAGGUCUGAGCCAUGCAGUGUUUUUUCGGGAUGCUUGAUUGGGUGGCUUAAAGCAAUUUUAUGUCUUUAUGCAGUGAGAAGGAUGUGUGUAUUUCAAGCUGUAAAUAGCACACGUGCAUGAAACAUGGAGUGGGAUGUUUUUCUGUUUUUAAUUUUUGAAAAAUAUUUAUUCUUUGCAGAUAUCCAAGAAUGUGUUUAAACAACAUGUGAGGCCACAUGACAUUUUUGCCUCGGAGUUGUUGUCGUUUUAAAUUGCUGGAGGUUCAAAACCUUUCUGGGAGGUUGCACACCCAAAACGGAGGCAUAGUAAGAGCAUAAUUACAUGCAAAUAUAACAGAUUGGAAAGUAAAAUUGGGUGAUAUGUUCUGGUUAUAUUUCACCAUAAAAUCAAAAGGAAUGCUUAAAUACCCCUCGCCCCAUUCACAUUACUGAAAUGCCAAAAAUGUAUUGAAUAAUACUAAUAAAAAUUAUUUUAAUAAUAAUUACUGCAAUACAGAUAUGAAAAUUAUCUUAAAUAUGUAAAUGUAAUUUAUGCUUAUAAAUACUUACUAUUCAUGUACUUUCUAAAUGUACUUUACAAUUUUUUCAUAAUAGUUAUGUCAUGAAAAUAAUACCACAAUCCAAAAAUCUUUCAUUAGACUUAAUGGUCCUAAAAUAGGCUUAAUUUUUUUCAUGUAAAUGAUCAUUUCUUAUUUUUCCAUUGAUUUUGCAGUGAAGGAUGUCCCUGACAUUUCUUGACAGGUUUCAUAUGAUUCAUCAAAUUGCUCUCAUUGGCUAAGGCAAUUCUGGAAGUGAACAGUUAGAGGAUGUUCAGAUGUUUGAGCUAAGAUCAACUGGAACAUAAACACCUUAUUAUUAAGAGCCGUCACAUCUUGGUUAAUGUUUGGCUGAUCAUUUAUCUCUUUAAAACAGCUGUUAUAUCAAACACACUACCAGAUGUUUUAUGAGAGCAAACUUGAGUGACAUUCACUCACAAAAACCUAAAGUCUCAGAUGCUUUUACAAGGUUUAUUUUACUUUCAUUUUUUAAUUAAAUGUAUGCACCUUUUGUAGUGUGAGAGGAGGCAGAUGAUAUAUUGGAAGCACUGUUGUAUUUCUUUACAUGACUGCCAAGCACUAUGUCGAGUAGUUGAAACCUUGCAUAGACAAAACUGGCUGUCAUGAACAAAAAACGUACCUUUUCUGUAAAGCUAAUAAGGCAAUUUGAGUGCUGUGUUUACACUAAUAUCAGCAAUGGUAACACACAUCAAGUUCAAUACAAAAUUUGACCAGAUGUGACACCCCUUGUCUUUUGUUUGUCUGCAAGAACUUACUUACAGUUUUUACUUCCUUUUUCAGGUCAUUUCUUCACCCCAUUUGAAUGCAUGGUAAUAAUUGUCAGUGCAUCAAACACAUGCAUCUGAACUUGGUUUGUAUGGUAGUUUACAACAACUUCUACUAAUUCUAAAGUAACACUUUACGGCCUCCGUGAUUGGCGCCUGAAUUUUCCUUUGCUCAUGUCAGUUUUGUUAAUCUUUUCUUGGAGUAAAAAACAAAACAAAAAAACUAACAAACUGAGGAACAACAGCAUUGCCUGUGCUGACAGAUGAGAUUUCUUCACCAAAGUGUGAAUCUAUAAAUUGAAAAAAGAGCAGUCUCUGGUUUAGAGAAGUGUUCGUCUUCAGUGGCUUUCCUGUGUUAUAACCAUUCUUAUUAAAAAAUAAAAUAAAAAAUUGUCAUAUUUAAAUAAACCUCAUGAAAAGUA